UACUUACUACUAGUCUUCCUUGUUUCCCAUUCAAAACAAAGUCUUCCUUCUUUCCUUCCUCGCUUCCGAACCCCGGCUUAGCCAUUACCGCUAAUCCGCUCCCUGAGCACCAUCCUCCAAUCACCCCCUGAUGGCGGCGGCGGCGGCUCCGGUGGAGGUGCCGGCGACGGGUCCGGUGAAGACUGUGAAGGUCACAAAUGUUUCCCUGAGUGCAACUGAGCAAGACAUUAAGGAGUUCUUUUCCUUUUCAGGAGACAUUGAACAUGUGGAGAUGCAAAGUGGUGAUGAGUGGUCUCAAGUUGCAUAUGUGACUUUUAAAGAUGCACAGGGAGCAGAGACUGCACUUCUUCUUUCGGGUGCAACAAUUGUUGAUCUUUCUGUUAUCAUCGCACCUGCUCCAGAAUAUCAACCACCUCCUACUGCAUCUGCUCCACUGAUGAGUGGAACCAGAGUCCCAGUCGGCGGAGACAAUGUGGUCCACAAGGCUGAAGAUGUUGUCAGCAGUAUGCUUGCCAAGGGUUUCACCCUGGGCAAAGACGCUGUUGGCAAGGCGAAAGCUUUCGAUGAUAAGCACGGCUUCACAUCCACCGCUGGCGCCAAGGUGGCCUCCAUCGACAAGAAGAUCGGGCUCAGUGAGAAGUUCACCAUGGGCACUUCCGUGGUCAACGAGAAGGUCAAGGAGAUGGACCAGAAGUUCCAGGUGUCUGACAAGACCAAGUCGGCGCUGGCCGCGGCUGAGCAGACAGUGAGCAGUGCAGGUUCUGCUAUCAUGAAGAACAGGUACGUCUUCACCAGCGCGUCGUGGGUCACCAGCGCCUUCAGCAAGGUCGCCAAGGCCGCCACCGACGUCGGCACGAUGACAAAGGAGAAGAUGUCGGCCGAGGAACAGCACAAGGGCUCUGGCCCGUCGUCCGGGGGCUACACGCCCAUCCGUUGAUCAUCAUCAUUGUCGUUGGUCUCGGGCCGCAGCCGUGUGUUGUAUUGGUGGAUCACAGUCAGCAAAAGUUAGAUAUAGAAAGACAUCGAUCAAAGCUUCCAUCCAUCUGAAACUUUUGCAACCCAGAAUUUUUAAUUUUUUUUUGCCCCCUCAUAGAACAGGAAACUUAUCUGCCGGUGGUCAAUAGUGUAUUCUAGGGGGUUGGUUUAUAUGUUCAGAAAUGGUUCAAGCUAGAAUAUUGGAAAAUGAACUUUUAAUUUGGUCGAGUCAAGGAAGGAUUCUCUGUAAUAA